AUGUCUCAACAUCACAGCCAGGUCAUACACGCGCCCUCGCAAGAACCUCGUCGCGGCGCACAGUCCAUCUUCCUUGCCGGCACCACAGCCAGCACAACCGACUCGACGGACUGGCGGGAGACGCUCUCUUCCCUGCUUGCCGAGAACCCCAUCACAAUCUACAACCCGUACCGCGCAGAUUGGGACAGCACGUGGCGUGAAGAUGCCAGCUUUGCGCCCUUCCGUGAGCAGGUAGAGUGGGAGCUUGACAAGCAGGCCAAGGCCGACAUGGUGGUGUUUUAUUUCCACCCCGCCACGCAGGCACCAAUAAGCCUGCUCGAGCUCGGCUUGCAUGCGCCAACGCUGGGAAAGGUCAUCGCGUGCUGCCCAGAGGGCUAUUGGAAGAGAGGCAAUGUGCAGGUUGUAUGCGAGAGAUUCGGCAUUGAGAUGGUAGAAAGCUUGCAGGAACUCGGAGACGCCAUUGUCAAGAAAUUGCCUCGUAGCAUGUGA